AUGGCUUACGUAGCACAUGGCUGCCAUCGGUUCCAUUUCAACAAAGGCGUCUCACGUGUUCCAAAAGGCACUCUUCAAAGUCCGAACGAGUGUGACCGGAAAUUUUCCUUUAAAACAGACUAUAAGAAGAAGCAAUUGACAGAGGCAGAAGAAGCAACCACAGAUCUCAUGUCAAGCCAGGGGGUGAAGUUAGUGGGGUUCUGGGUGAGUCCAUUUGUCUUGAGGGUAGAGUGGGCUCUGAAACUGAAGGGUAUUGAGUAUGAGUACAUAGAAGAAGACAUCUUCAACAAGAGCCCUCUGCUCUUGGAGCUCAACCCUGUGCACCAGAAGGUCCCUGUGAUGGUUCAUGAUGGCAAAGUCAUGGCCGAGUCGUUUGUUAUUCUCGAGUAUAUCGAUGAGACCUGGAAGCAGACCCCAUUGCUGCCUCAGGAUCCUUAUGAAAGAGCCAUGGCCAGGUUUUGGGCAAAGUCUGUUGAAGAGAAGCUUUUGGAUACUGCAUGGAUAGCUAUGUGCUCACAAGGAGAUGAAAAGGAAAAUGCUCUGAAAUCAGCCAGGGAGGUCUUAGAAAAGAUAGAGGGAGAGCUCAAAGGAAAAAAGUUUUUUGGAGGGGAAGCCAUUGGAUAUUUGGACCUUGCUGUAGGAUGGAUUCCUUUCUGGUUGCCUGUUUGGGAGGAAGUUGGGUCCAUGAAAAUUUUAGACCCAUCAAAAUUCCCAAACAUCAUUGCUUGGAUGAGUCAUUUUCUUAAACACCCUGUGGUCAAGGAAAGGCUACCCCCUAGAGAUGAGAUGGUUAUAUAUUGCGACAAGCGUAGUGAAGAAAUUGCUGCUCUCAUAGCCUCUGCCAAACAUGGUUGA